AUGGUAUCCGCACACCCAGCAAGAAGUAGAGAUCAGAGAACGGCCGGCAACGACGAUGAUGGCGAUGACGCUGAGACAAGGAAGGGUCCGAUCCAGAUUCCAGCCAGUGCAGUCUCCCUUAUUGACUGGACGAGAGGAGCGAAAACAGACGCCGUCUCAUCAAUCCCUCUGCCACCGGCCCCAGCCCCAAGCCCUUCCCAAGCCCCAAGAUAA